GUCCUCGUCGAAGGUUACAUGAGCAUGUGUACAUUCUUGAGAGCGGCUAGAUAAAUAAAUCAUAAUGUGCCUAUGAAUCUUUAUAUAUCAUCUGAGCCAGCUGCGAUAGAUUCAUGAAAUUAUAUUGGACAUUGUGUAAGCGGCUUUACAAUGUAUGUAAACCCAGCGUUAUGUCAUUUGAUGUCCUUCUUUAUUGGCAUCACUCAAGUAUGCUUUAUGCCAGCACCCGUCGGUGACUGUAGCGCGUGUUGUCCUCACGACGACGAUAUAGAUAUACAAUAUAAACUAUAUACGAGGUCUAAUCCGAUCAAAUACAACAUCAUUUACCCAAGGAAUGCCACCGCUCUCGCCGACACUCCAUUUAACCCAACUAAGCCGACUGUCAUUUAUUUAUUCGGUUUCUCCGAGGCUGUGACUGGGCCCAGUUCGACGACUAUGAGACGAGCUUUUCUGAGACGAGAUUACAACUUUAUCAGCGUUGAUUGGUCCAGACUCAUUGUAUUCCCGUGGUAUUUGACGGCGGUUAAAAACACACGGUAUAUGGGCCAGAGAUUGGCGGAGUUUAUAAGUUUCCUGAAUUCUAACGGUAUUCCGGCCGAGUCUCUCUACGUAAUAGGCUUUUCGUUAGGUGCAGAGGCUGCAGGCUUCGCUGGGAAAUAUCUCAAAUCCAGCGGUUUAAGGAUUGGAAGAAUAACAGGUUUGGACCCAGCGUAUCCUGGGUAUAGUUUUGGUGGCAAGAAUGCUCACCUUGCUAAAGGGGACGCCCUGUUUGUUGACAUAAUACACACAAACCCUGGUGUAUUUGGUUUUCCGACGCCGAUAGGGGAUGUAGACUUUUAUCCCAAUCCAGGCUUGUGGAUUCAACCGGGAUGUUGGAUCGAUCAGCUUGUAAAAAAUAACGAGCUCAGUUAUUUUUAUGGUUGUAGCCACAAUCGUGCAUGGCGACUGUAUGUGGAGUCUGUGAUGAAGCCUACGGCGUUUCCAGCGACGCUUUGCAGAAAUUUCACAAACGGCGACUCUUCUUGUCUAUUUAAGGUUGACGGGUACAUGGGCUUCGGAGCCCAGCGAGGAUUUCAAGGUAAAAUGUAUCUUAUUACAAGAGAAAAACCGCCCUACUCUCCAAACUGCCCGUAACUAUAAACUUUAAAAAUAUAAUAAUUUGUAAGUAUACAAAGGAUGGGUUACCAAAUGUGUAUUAUAUUCAGUUAUUUUGAUGAUAAUCGAGUUUACAUUACAUAUAGAAGUCGGAAACUGAUUAUAUAAACAAAUAUAAAACAUUAUAAAGAGACAA